CAACAAAAUUUCAAAUUUACGUUAUAAAAAGGACUUGUCGAGAUGCCUGUUCCCUUCAGAUCCUCACUACCCUCCUUCUCAUUCUCUUUUUCUAGAUCUUUAUUUCUCUUUGCUUUUCUACCGCGAUAUCAAGCUUCAUACUACAAAGUUAGUAGCAGCUUUCACAUAAAUACAAGAAGGACAUUUUUGUCAACCAUGGCCCCCCCUUCUAUUUUAGAGAACAUUAAAGACGGUACUGAAAGUGGUAGAGAUGAAAAUGAUGUUGAAAUUAAUUGGGAAGGACUUGGAUUUAAUCUAACUCCAACAGAUUACAUGUUUGUCAUGAAAUGUGCAAAAGGAGAAAAGUUUUCAAAAGGAUCCCUCAUUCGUUAUGGAAACAUAGAGCUUAGUCCAUCUGCUGGUAUCUUAAACUAUGGACAGGGAAUCUUUGAGGGACUAAAAGCAUAUAGGACUGAAGAUGACCGCAUCCUUCUAUUCCGACCGGAAGAGAAUGCUCUACGCAUGAAGAUAGGGGCAGAUCGGUUGUGUAUGCCAUCGCCAUCGGUUGAGCAGUUUGUUGAUGCUGUUAAGCAAACAGUUCUUGCCAAUAAACGUUGGGUACCACCUCUUGGGAAAGGGACACUUUAUCUAAGGCCAUUACUAAUGGGAACAGGAGCAGCAUUAGGCGUGGCUCCAUCAACUGAGUACACAUUUCUAAUUUAUUGCUCCCCUGUUGGAAUCUAUCACAAGGUUCAGGGAGCAGUAAACAUCAAGGUUGAGGAUAAGUUUCAUCGAGCAAUAUCUGGCACUGGUGGAACAGGUGGAAUCAAGUCUGUUACUAAUUAUGCCCCGACAUACACUUCAAUCACAGAGGCAAAAGCCAAUGGAUUCUCUGAUGUUUUGUUCUUGGACUCAGCAACUGGAAAAAAUAUUGAGGAGGCUUCUGCAUGCAAUGUAUUUCUUGUGAAGGAAAAUGUGAUCUUCACUCCGGAAAUAGAUGGAACCAUUCUACCUGGGAUCACACGAAAAAGCAUCAUAGACAUUGCCACUGAUUUGGGUUAUAAGGUCAACCAACGUUCCAUAUCAGUGGAGGAAAUGAUGAGUGCUGAUGAAAUGUUCUGCACAGGAACAGCAGUAGUUGUUAACUCUGUUGCAAGUGUAACCUAUAAGGAAACAAGAGCUGAAUAUAAAACAGGACCAGAAACGUUGUCUGAGAAACUACGCAAAAUACUGGUGGGAAUACAAACAGGGUGCGUUGAAGACAAAAAGUCAUGGACACUUCAAGUAGUUUGAGCAAUUGUUAUUUCUUCAUAUUCAUCAAAGGUAGCCCAGAGAUAUGUUUUCCACAAAGGAAAUAUGUACAUGCUCUGAGUCCAAAUUUCAUUUGUAUGCAAAUUUCACUUGCAUGUAAGAUCACUAUAUUUAAAUUAUACACUUUUUUAUUCUCACUUACGAUUA